AUGGCUGCAGAUUGGACUGUUGUGGUUUAUGAGGCGUUCAUCGUCUGGUUUUCGCAAACCGUGAAUCAAGCGCAUAUCCUCUUUGACCGCUUUGUCCAGGCCACCACCUGCAAGGGGACUCUCAAGGCCUUCCAAGAGCUUUGUGACUACCUGGAACUGAAGCCCAAGGACUACCGCUCCUUCUAUCAUAAGCUCAAGUCCAAGCUUAACUACUGGAAAGCCAAAGCCCUGUGGCAAAAGUUGGACAAGCGGGGCAGCCACAAAGACUACAAGAAGGGGAAGGCCUGCACUAACACUAAGUGUCUCAUCAUUGGAGCUGGCCCCUGUGGACUCCGGACGGCCAUUGACUUGUCCUUACUGGGAGCCAAGGUGGUCGUUCUUGAGAAACGAGAUGGCUUCUCCCGCAACAACGUCUUGCAUCUCUGGCCAUUCACCAUACAUGAUCUGCGAGAUCUGGGUGCCAAGAAGUUCUACGGGAAGUUCUGUGCGGGGGCCAUCGACCACAUCAGUAUCCGCCAGCUCCAACUCAUUCUUUUGAAAGUAGCCUUGAUCCUAGGCGUUGAAAUCCACGUCAAUGUAGAAUUCCAAGGACUUGUGUAUCCUCCCGAGGACCAGGAAAAUGAACGGAUAGGUUGGCGGGCACUGGUGCACCCCAAAACCCAUCCUGUGUCAGAGUAUGAAUUUGAAGUGAUCAUCGGUGGGGAUGGCCGAAGAAACACCUUGGAAGGAUUCCGUCGGAAAGAAUUUCGUGGCAAAUUGGCUAUUGCCAUCACAGCGAACUUCAUUAACCGGAACACAACAGCCGAAGCCAAGGUGGAAGAGAUCAGCGGUGUGGCUUUUAUAUUCAACCAGAAAUUCUUCCAGGAGCUGCGGGAAGCCACAGGUAUCGACCUGGAGAACAUCGUGUACUACAAAGACGAUACGCACUAUUUCGUUAUGACGGCCAAAAAGCAGAGUUUACUGGACAAAGGGGUCAUUCUGCACGACUAUGCAGACACAGAGCUGCUGCUUUCCCGGGAGAACGUGGACCAAGAGGCCCUGCUGAACUACGCCAGGGAGGCGGCUGACUUCUCCACGCAGCAGCAGCUGCCGUCGCUGGACUUCGCCAUCAAUCACUAUGGGCAGCCGGACGUGGCCAUGUUCGAUUUCACUUGCAUGUACGCCUCGGAGAACGCUGCCCUGGUGCGGGAGCAGAACGGACACCAGUUGCUGGUGGCUCUGGUUGGGGAUAGCCUCCUGGAGCCUUUCUGGCCAAUGGGCACAGGAAUCGCCCGGGGCUUUCUAGCUGCCAUGGACGCUGCCUGGAUGGUACGGAGCUGGUCUCUGGGGACAAGCCCCUUGGGAGUCCUGGCAGAGAGGGAAAGCAUUUAUAGGCUACUGCCUCAGACCACCCCUGAGAAUGUGAGUAAAAACUUCAGCCAAUACAGCAUCGACCCUGUCACCAGGUAUCCCAACAUCAACAUCAACUUCCUCCAGCCAAACCAGGUGCGCCAUUUAUAUGAUACCGGGGAGACCAAAGACAUUCACCUGGAAAUGGAGAACCUGGUGAAUUCCCGAACUACCCCCAAGUUGACCCGAAAUGAGUCUGUAGCCCAUUCAAGCAAACUGCUGGGUUGGUGCCAAAGGCAGACAGAUGGCUACACAGGGGUGAAUGUGACAGAUCUCACUAUGUCUUGGAAAAGUGGCCUGGCCUUGUGUGCCAUCAUCCACAGAUACCGCCCCGAUCUGAUAGACUACGAUUCGCUGGAUGAGCAGAAUGUGGAGAAGAAUAACCAGCUGGCCUUUGACAUUGCUGAGAAGGAACUCGGCAUUUCUCCCAUUAUGACUGGCAAAGACAUGGCCUCCGUGGGCGAGCCUGACAAACUGUCCAUGGUGAUGUACCUGACGCAGUUCUAUGAGAUGUUCAAGGACUCGCUGCCCUCCAGUGACACCUUGGACCUGAAUUCCGAGGAGAAGGCCGUCCUGAUAGCCAGCACCAAGUCUCCCAUCUCCUUCCUAAGCAAACUGGGGCAGACCAUCUCUCGGAAGCGUUCUCCCAAGGAUAAGAAGGAAAAGGACUUGGAUGGCGCCGGAAAGAGGAGAAAGACCAGUCAGUCCGAGGAGGACGAGGCUCCUCAAAGCUACCGAGGCGACAGAGCCACGCUGGUCAGCACUCUGACAGACAGGAGGAUGGGGCGGGAGUUGGGUCUGUCCACCAAAGUCAAGUGACUUAGCUAUCAGUUGUUGAGGGCCACCCUGACCGGCCCCCCGCCCGUCUCCUGCACGCAGGGCUCCAUCAAGAAGGAGUUCCCACAGAACCUGGGCGGCAGCGACACGUGCUACUUCUGCGGGAAGCGCGUCUACGUGAUGGAGAGGCUGAGUGCGGAGGGCCAGUUCUUCCACCGGAGCUGCUUCAAGUGCGGGUACUGCGCCACCACCCUGCGCCUCGCGGGCUACGCCUACGACACCGAGGACGGUAAAUUCUACUGCAAACCCCACUACUGUUACCGACUCUCCAGCAGCACCCAAAGGAAGAGACCGGCAGUGGCGCCCCUGUCUGGAAAGGAGGCCAGAGGACCCCUGCAGGAUGGCCCCGCUGCAGACGCCAAGGGCCGGGCCAGCACCGUCGCCAACGCGGCCGAGAGGACCCCAGGUUCGAGCAUGAAUGGCCUGGAGGAGCCCAGUGUUGCCAAGAGGCUGAGGGGCACCCCUGAGAGGAUUGAGCUGGAGAAUUACCGCCUGUCUGUGCAGCGGGCAGAGGAGUUGGAGGAGGUGCCUGAGGAGACGCAGGCCGAGCACAACCUCAGCAGCGUGCUGGACAAGGGCACAGAGGAGGACGUGGCCAGCAGCAGCUCCGAGUCUGAGAUGGAGGACGAGGAGGACGAGGACGAAGGGGAGCCUCAGCUGCCCACCUCGGACCUGGGCGGCGUCCCUUGGAAGGAGGCGGUGAGGAUCCAUGCCCUUCUGAAAGGACAAAGUGAAGAGGAACUAGAGGCCUCCAAGAACUAUGUGCCUGGGACGGAGGAGGAGGAUGAAGAGGAGGAGGAGGAGGAGGAGGAUGAAGAGGAGGAAGAAUAUGAAGAGGAGGAGGAGGAGGAAUCCACAGCCGGGAACCUGAGGCUGCAGCAGAUCGCCCACCCGGCCGAUCCCUUGGAGAUCCAGGCCGAUGUGCACUGGACCCACAUUCGUGAGCGGGUAGAGGAGGAGCACAUGGCCCCAGCCUCCGAGUCCUCUACUCCGAGAGUCCCCUUUGAGGAGAAUGCCCUGGAAGAAGACGUGGAUUCGGAACCUGCAGAGAUAGAAGGGGAGGCAGCGGAGAAUGGGGACACGGGGGACACCGGUGCUGAGCUGGACGAUGAUCAGCACUGGUCUGAUGAUAUCCCAUCAGAUGCCGAAACCGAACUCCGCUUGCGGCACCAGGAAGAGGUGGAGGCAGAGCUGGAGCUAAGGGUCUCAGAAAAUGAGGACGAGACGCCACCCCCCAUUCCAAAGCGACAGGAGAGAGGUCCCUCGAAAGUCUCCAGCCCCACCGAGCUCCCCCGAAACCAAGGUGUUGGCUUCUCCCCAGUCCACAGCCCUGUGACAGAGGGUGCUCGAAGCCCAUAUGCCUCUGUCGCCCACAAGGUGAAAUCCCCAGAGGAGCGCUUUUUCCCGGAGCCUCUGCUCCCCCAAGAGAAGCCCAGAGCUGAAGCCCCCUCCGCGCAGACCACCAUACCCUCGCCCAUCCGCUCCCAGCCCGCAGCGCUGCCCGAAGCCAGGGUGCCCGCCUUCCUAGUUGGCCCUCAGCAGCUGCCCCUGUCGGCCACCGCCACCACCCCCCGGGCCCCGCUCCCCAUCUGCUCCCAGCCUCAGCCUUCCUCUUCCUCCGAGGCCACCAUCCCGUCCCCCACGGAGUCCCCCAUACGUUUCCAGCCCAUCUCGGCCAAAACGUCCACCCCGCUCCCCGUGAGCCCAGCGGACGGCCCGGACAGGCGGGGCAGCCCCCUGGCCGAGGCCCUGGCGCGGAGCAACCUGGUGGAAGAGUUCUGGAUGAAGAGCGCCGAGAUCCGCCGCAGCCUCGGGCUCACCCCGGUGGACCGCGGCAAGGGGCCCGAGCCCGGCUUCCCCGCGCCGGCCCAGAAGCCACACGAGGUCACCAGCGAGGAGGCCCUGUCCCCUCCGUCGGACUCGGGCGGGCCAGACGGGUCCGUGACCUCUUCCGAGGGCUCCAGCGGGAAGAGCAAGAAGAGGUCGUCGCUCUUCUCCCCGCGCAAGAGCAAGAAGGAGAAGAAGCCCAAGAGUGAGGGCCGGCCCCCGGAGAAGCCCAGCCCCGGGCUGCUGGAGGAGGCCACCGCCAAGCCCAAGUCCUUGUGGAAGUCCGUCUUCUCCGGCUACAAGAAGGACAAGAAGAAGAAGGGCGAGGACAAGUCCCGCAGCAGCACACCCUCCAGCGGUGCCACCGUGGACUCGGCGAAGCACAGGCUGUCUCCCACCGUGAGAGCAGAGCUACAGCUCCGGCACCAGCUGAGCUUCUCAGAGGACUCUGACCUCUCCAGCGACGACAUCCUUGAGAGGUCCUCCCAGAAGUCCAAGCGAGAGCCGAGAACCUACACAGAGGAGGAGCUGAGCCUCAAGCUGACCCGGCGCGUGCAGAAGGCAGCUCGGAGACAGGCCAAACAGGAGGAACUGAAGCGGCUACACCGAGCCCAGAUCAUCCAGCGGCAGCUGGAGCAGGUGGAGGAGAAGCAGAGGCAGCUGGAGGAGAGAGGGGUCGCUGUGGAAAAGGCGCUGCGCGGCGAAGCAGGCAUGGGCAAGAAGGACGACCCCAAGCUGAUGCAGGAGUGGUUCAAGUUGGUGCAGGAGAAAAACGCCAUGGUGCGCUACGAGUCGGAGCUGAUGAUCUUUGCCCGCGAGCUGGAACUGGAAGACCGGCAGAGCCGAUUGCAGCAGGAACUGCGGGAGCGGAUGGCGGUGGAAGAUCACCUGAAGACGGAGGGCGAGCUGUCCGAGGAGAAGAAGAUCCUGAACGAGAUGCUGGAGGUGGUGGAGCAGAGGGACUCCCUGGUGGCCCUGCUGGAGGAGCAGCGGCUCCGAGAGAAGGAGGAGGACAAGGAUCUGGAGGCCGUCAUGCUGUCCAAGGGCUUCAGCCUGAACUGGUCCUGAGUGCUGCGCGCCUGUGGCUACUCGUUUGCCGGCUUCCGCCCAUCCGGCCUGGCUGCCCGGUUCUCCAAGCCCCUGGGAUUCCAGCAUCAGAGAAGGCCCGGUACUUCCCCAGAGUUUGCGCUCGGAUGUCCAUGUGCCUCUGGAGAAGCGAGGGCGGAACCCUCAGUGGAUACGCCUCGCCUGGGCCUCUCAGCCUCGUGCGGGGAGAGGCGGGGAGCGUGCGCCGGACCUAGGCGGACGAACCACACACUCGGACGCAAAGCCACCGCCGCACGGGUCCCCUGAAGCGCCACCAAAGAAACGGAAGCAGCCCUAUCCUGAGGGAGCUGGGCCUGACCGCCCAGGGUGACGCCCCCUGCCUUGAAGGGGGAGCAGAGGGCAGGGUGCCCAGGUUCAUUAUGCAAGUGAGGGGCAGGAAGGAGGGGCUUAUGCCCGCACCGCACCGCCACUGGACCCGGCGUGGCACGCCCGGCAUCCCUGGUGGUGGCCCAAGGCCUGUGUACUGCUGUGUUGUGCUUUUAAUUCACACCAUGUCGACACUGGAAAAUUCUGACUUUGGGUGGGGGCGGGUCAGGCCCUGCAUUUCAAAGACACCCCACCUCCCCCCGCCCUGGCCAUGCUUCACGCCACGUUGGGCAGGGGUUCCUCUUUCUCUGGCGGUUUUUCCUGUGUUUGCACCUUGAAAUGAAGCUGAUGGCCUGACCACGUCCUCAGCCGCUUCGGACCCUUUUUAUCAAUUAACUUAUUUUUUUUUAAUACUUGAAGAGAAGCAGUUUCAUUUUUAUAUCUUUACUAGAGACACUGAUCGCCUGGCCCCGGGCUGUAGGAGUGAGGGAGGUUCGUGUCCCUGUUCUGUCCUGGGGGGGAGGGGGGCUGACCCAAGACUGAGCGUGCGUUCAACCCGUGCCCCUAUUUAUUAUUCUCCUCCCUCGCGUUACCCACCUGGGGGUCGCUCACAGCUUUUGUGGACAUCGCGCCCACCCCCCUCCUCCUCCGUCCCACACCGUGCCCGCCAGACGUGGAUCUCUGGGCCGCUCACCUGCCGAGAACACGCUUCAGCCGCGGUGGGGGCCGAGCCAAAAGGCAGAGGUGUGGCUUUUGCCUCCCUGUGGGAACCCCGGCAGGAGCCCACUUCUGCUUUCCGGUGCCUCGCUUGUGGGUAAGGCCUCAUCUGGAUUGACAGGACUUGGGUGAGACCUCAUAAUCGGCCUGGUUGGUGGCCAUCCUUCGUCCUAGUCUAAAGUGAGACCAGGCAGCCGUGCCCGUGUUGGAGCAGACGGGGGAUUGACAUUGGUAUCACACAAACAAGCAAAGCCAGCCCUCUCUUGCCAAGGUGAUUGCAGCCGUCAUGGGGGCCAGCGUCCAACUUUUAGUUCGUUCCUUAAACCAAACUCCGCUCACUUCUCACGGAUCAGCCAGAACCGGACUGUGUAGCACUCACCCCCUGAGGGAAACCAUCGGGGGUCUGCUGUCGGCCAGCUAUUGUCAGCAAGUGGCUAGCCCACGGGAGGAUCCCCACCAGGACCAGACCAGCUGGCCAGCGGGGAGCAGGCUCCUGGUGGGAGGGGCCGUUAUGGAGGGAGCCAAGGCAGCCCUGGAGCCUCCCAAGGGCAGGGUCCGCCGGGGUCCACGCGGACCUGGGCAUUUCCACGGGAACCAUACUGUGCCUCCACUUGAACACCAACGACAGAGGAGCAACAAGUCUGCGUGUUCUUCACCUUCAAAAGCUGCCGCCUCUCCUGUGAACGCCCAGGAGACAUGCUGCUAAGCAGACAUCGCAGACUCUGGCUUCUGCACUUCUGAUUUCUGACAAGGCAGUCUCCAUUUUUACUUUUUCUUAAAAAAAAGAAGAAAACAAAGGUGGGGUGGGAGGUAUGGUUAUAGAUUCCAUCUUCAUCUCCCAGUCUUCCAAUAAAAUUGGGCUGGGGUGGA